GUGAGAGACCCCGUCCCUUUUAGUAGCCAUCCGGUUAUAUUCGAAACUAUGUGCGUAUACGUAAACCUGAUCGGAUAUUGGAUAUAAUAUGUCGUCAAGUCCCGCAAGCUUAUAGAAAUUGGCAUCGCUCUAUCCAAAUUCUCGAGUUUGUAGGUUUACCACUAAGUUACAGGUUAAUGUUACCAGCUCGUAAAGCCCUUCGCACGUCCAUCCGUGUAAGUGCCAUGAAAAGUCAGAUUCUUGCCAUAGGAGGACAAUGUGACAGCUUAUCUGUGCUGUGCUUUGACUCUUCAUCCCGAAGAGGUACUGCGUUCAUAAGAAUAUAUAAGGUGAGAUGACAUGAGACGGGAGGUGAAAUUAGAUGAAUCUCCCAAAUCAAUUUGAUUCUCUCUCGUGCCUUUAUCACCCACCUCACGCUUUUAAACAGUCCAGUCCUCACUUACCAGCCAUACCUACCAUAAUAAUCAAACCCGAAGCACCCAGCCAAAAUGAGAACAUCAGCUGUUACAACCGUCCUCGUGACCGGCAUCGGUCUAGCGGGCGCCCUCGUCCCUUCCGAGAAGGAGGAGGCAAAGGACAUCGACAUGUCGGGGUGGAACCCUUCUGGCCUGGUCGGUCCGCAGCAACAGGUCUCCCAUGAUAUCCUCCCUAAAUACUCUACGAACCCUCCGACUUCUCACCCCAUCCCUCGUCUUGAGCCAGUCAAUGUGGACCAGCCGUCUAAGUCAUCCAAGACUACUGAGUCUACUAAGACGACCGAGACUACUAAAUCAACUGAGUCUACUAAGUCGAACAAGCCCACCAAGUCAACUGAGACUACUAAGACUACGAAGACCAAUAAGCCCAACAAGCCCACAGAGCCCGUUAAACCAAACAAACCUACCAAAUCCACCGAAUCUACCAAGUCGACUGAGUAUACCAAGACUACCAAAUCAACUCAGUCCACCAAAUGGACCAAGACCACUAAAUCGACCGAGACUACCAAGUCUACCAAGUCCAAGUAUACUAAGCCGACGAAAUCAACUGAGUCUUCAAAGUCAACCGAAUCCACCAAAUGGACUCAGCCCACCAAGUCCACGAAGAAGAACGAGCUUGUUAAACCAACCGAAUCUACCAAGCCAACUGAGACCACCAAGUCCAGCAAGCCCACUAAAUCAACCGAGUCCACUAAGUCGACCGAAUCCACCAAGAGCACCAAGUGGACCGAGACCAAACCCACCGAGUCGACCAAAACGACCAAGCACGGCAAGCCCACGGAGGCCCCCCAGCCUACCAAGAACUACGCGAACAUCAAGGACCUGGACGACGACAGCGGCGCCGACCCCGACGACGACAACGGCGACAACGGGACGCGCCGUCUCAUCCCGGCUAAGCCCACGGCGGCGCCCGCCCAGCCUGGUACCAAGGAUUACGUGAGCGUCAAGAACGUGGGCGACGACAGCGGCGCCGACAACGACGACGAUAACGGCGACAACGGGAUUCGUCGCCAUGUCCCGGCUACGGGCGGCGUGAUGAUGGCCGUGGAGGAGCGGGGUAGAGCCAUGGCGUUGGCGGGGCUGGCGGUGGCGUUGGCGGCUGUUUUCUUGCGUAAUGGAUUAGGUACCUGCUUAAUGAAAUGGAGGAAAACGCGGAGGAGAUGUAAUGGGGGGGAAUUUAUUAAUGUUUAGUAUUGUGUUUGGUGUUUGUGUUUUUUGUUUGGUAGAUGUCGCUCAAACGAAAUAGAACACUCCUUUAGUUACAUCAUCUUUGAUGAGUUUUUGUCGUGCAUCAGCCUUAUUGAGAUGUUGUGGUGAGAGGAUGCCGUGCUUACGAAUGACGGUAGCUACAUAGUGAGUAGGAGAGUCACACAAAUAAGCGCUACAGAAGGAUGUAAUAUUUAAGAGUCACUGGCCGUCUAUAGUCUAUUUAUUUAUUUGGGGCGUCGAAUUGAGGGUGGAAGUGAAAUCCUGCAUAAUUCCGACGUAUGUCUUAAAGGAGAAUAAAAGAGGUAAAUUCGGCGAGGAUUCCACGCUCGGAUUUCCGAGACCGAGCGUCGCUUCGGCUUUCUAUGCUACCACGUAGUAGGUAGGUAGUCAUAUUGGCGGUGUGAUGGUAUGUGACCUGUGAUUCAAUUGCUGUUCUUCA